UGAUUGGCUCCCGCUGUGAACCCGGGGGUCUGGGGGCCACAUAAAUUCCUGCCGCCUGGACCCGGUCCUGCUUCUAGACCUUCAUCACCUCCUCUCCCUCAGUAUGACCGGUAGGGAGGAGCUCAGUGAAGACAAACCCAGAGUCCGGAUGCUCUCCCCCGGGUUCGGUAUCGAUAAGGCACGGCUGCACGGUUCCGGGUUCCGGUCCAAAGGCUUCGCCAUCACCGACCUGCUUGGCCUAGAGUCGGACCUUCAAGUGCGUCAGCAGCCCGCCGGGCCCGCGGGUUCGGGCCUGUCUGGGGCAGAUUCCGGUACCGGAACGGAGGCUCCGGGGGCGGCCGGCGGCCUCGGUGGCUUCUCCUUCCCAGGGGGGUCUCUGCCACUCGGCCUGGGCUUCCUGUGCAGCCUGGCGGCACAGCAGCCCGCCGGGGCUCCAUGCUUCCUGCCGGGUCACCUGCCGCUGCUACAGGCCCGGCCCGACAGCCACUACCUGCAGAACCUGGAGGCCCAGAGGGAGCCGUAUUCCGAUGAAGAGUGUCUGUCGGACAGAAACGACUCGAAAAGCUCCGGAAACUCCCAGAAGAGGAAGAAGAGGAGACACAGGACAGUGUUCACCUCUCAUCAGCUGGAGGAGCUGGAGAAAGCUUUCCAUGAAGCUCAUUAUCCAGACGUGUACGCCCGGGAGAUGCUGGCCGUGAAGACGGAGCUGCCAGAGGACAGAAUCCAGGUCUGGUUCCAGAACCGGCGGGCCAAGUGGCGUAAGCGUGAGAAGUGCUGGGGCCGCAGCAGCGUCAUGGCCGAGUACGGCCUGUACGGCGCCAUGGUCCGACACUCCAUCCCACUCCCAGAGUCCAUCCUGAACUCGGCCAAGAACGGCAUGAUGGGAUCCUGCGCCCCCUGGCUGCUCGGUGAGCCGCAUGCACGUAUGCACAAGAAGUCCCUGGAAAUGACCAAGAAAUGUUCUAGUCCUCCGCCGUCCGACUCGACCCACUCCAACUCCUUCUGUGAAGCCGCUGGCGCUCGCGAGGAGGAGGAGGAGCUUCUGGAAGGGGAGGAGACAGAGGAGGAAGAAGUGGCCAUCGACCUGUCCAGCUCCUCCAAACAGCAGCAGCAGCAGCAGGAAGAGGGCGGUGGCUCUACUAGGACCGCCCCCUCGCCACAGCAGCAGAGUGGCGGCGGAUCAGAAGAACGCAGCUGAAGGCGGGAGAAAUCUGGGCUGGACUGACUGACCAGAACUGUAAUUUGAUUGGCUCUUCCGUCAAGGGGCUUAGCCAAUAAACAGCUGUGAUAUCAUCUGUUGCUAUGCAAAGUUGUUGCACUAAAAUGUACAAAACGAUCAGAAAUAAGUUCAGAAAUUUUAUGAUUUAUUAUGUGACGUUAGUCCAGUCGCAGUGCAACGCCUCACAGGCCUGUGGAAGCUGACCAAUCAGAGAGGAGUAGGCGGGGCUGAAAGAGAUACUGAUCAAAUGGAGAGAAGAAGAUGAAAUGUAGCUUUUAUGGAGGUUCAGUCUUUCUAAGCUCCGAGCAUCAAACGUAAAGCUAAAGGUUCUGCUCACGAUCCUCCCUGCAGAACCUGGAGAACGUCAGUGUGAUUGGAUCGGCUUCCAGGACUCAGACUGACUGAGGAGGAUGUAAAUCAUAAUGUUUUUCUGUCUGGUCACUUUUCCUUGUUUUACAUCUGUGUGGUCCCGGAGGAAACUUCCUGUUUUAUCUGUGUUUGUGGUCUGAAUCUGGAGCUCUGAAUGUAAACUAAAAGCAAUAUUUAUUGUUUAUUAUUAUUAUUAUUACAUGUUUGUACAGCCAUCACUCAUCAAAGUGAAAAUAAAAAUCAGAUAUUUUUGGAACAUCA